AAAGAUUAUUUCCAGCUGGUUGGCUUUCCGCAGUAUCAUGCUUACACAGCAAUUUUAUUUCAAACCAGCCCAUUGCAGAGAACCCCACACAAGACACUGACCCUGGACCCUGCAGCCGAAGCGGUCUGGUCCAAGUGAUGAGGGUGGUGGGUCAGUCAUGCCCACCGUGGAUGAUGUUCUGGAGCAGGUUGGGGAGUUUGGCUGGUUCCAGAAGCAAAUCUUCCUGAUCCUAUGCCUGAUCUCAGUUGCUUUUGCCCCCAUCUAUGUGGGCAUUGUCUUCCUGGGCUUCAUCCCGGACCACCGCUGCCGGAGCCCCGGCGUGGCCGAGCUGAGUCGACGAUGCGGCUGGAGCCUGGAGGAGGAGCUGAACUACACGGUGCCGGACCCGGGGCCGGCGGGCCAGGCCUUCCCCCAGCAGUGCCUCCGCUACGAGGUGGACUGGAACCAGAGCGCCCUCGGCUGCGUGGACCCGCUGGCCGGCCUGGCCGCCAACCGGAGCCACCUGCCGCUGGGCCCCUGUCAGCACGGCUGGGUGUACGACACGCCCGGCUCCUCCAUCGUGACCGAGUUUAACCUGGUGUGUGAAGACUCUUGGAAGGUGGACCUCUUUCAGUCCUGCGUGAAUGUGGGCUUCUUACUGGGCUCUCUGGGCGUCGGCUACAUUGCAGACAGGUUUGGCCGUAAAGUAUGCCUCUUGGCCACCACCCUCAUCAACGCCGUCUUGGGUGUCCUGACGGCUGUCGCUCCAGACUACAUCUCCCUGCUGCUCUUCCGCCUGAUGCAGGGGCUGGUCAGCAAGGGCAACUGGACGGCUGGCUACACCCUGAUCACAGAAUUUGUGGGCUUGGGCUACAGAAGAACGGUGGCGAUCCUCUACCAGGCGGCAUUCAGCGUGGGGCUGGUGCUGCUGUCCGGGCUGGCCUACGCUGUCCCUCACUGGCGCAGGCUGCAGCUGGCCGUCUCUCUGCCGGUCUUCCUCCUCCUGCUCGGCUUCUGGUAUGUGCCUGAGUCUCCCCGAUGGCUGUUAUCGCAAAAGAGAAAUGCUCAAGCAGUCAAGAUCAUGGACCGCAUAGCCCAAAAGAAUGGGAAACUGCCUUCUGCUGAUCUAAAGAUGCUCUCUCUCCCAGAGGACGCCACCGAAAAGCUGAGCCCUUCGUUCACAGACCUGUUCCGCACAGCGCGCCUGAGGAAGUACACCUUCAUCCUGAUGUAUCUGUGGUUCACCAGCUCUGUGCUCUACCAGGGCCUCAUCCUGCACGUGGGAGCCACCGGUGGGAACCUCUACCUGGAUUUCUUCUACUCCGCCCUGGUUGAAUUCCCGGCGGCCCUCAUCAUCCUCUUCACCAUCGACCGCUUCGGCCGCAUUUACCUGCUGGCCUUGUCCAAUAUGGUGGCUGGGGCAGCCUGCUUCAUCAUGGUCUUUGUCCCACAUGAUCUACACUGGCUAAGUACUGUGGUGGCUUGUGUUGGCCGAAUGGGAAUCACCAUCGUGUUCGAGAUGGUGUGUCUGGUGAACGCCGAGCUCUUUCCCACGUUCAUCAGGAACCUUGGAAUGAUGGUGUGUUCCUCCCUGUGUGAUUUUGGUGGGAUCAUCGCCCCCUUUCUGGUCUUCAGGCUGAUGGAGGUUUGGCACGGUUUGCCCCUCACUUUGUUUGCGGUGGUGGGGCUGGUUGCCGGGGGAUUGACGCUGCUUCUUCCGGAGACCAAGGGGGUCGCUUUGCCUGAGACCAUCGAGGACGCGGAGAAUCUGCAGAGGAAAGCAAAGCCCAAAGAAAACACGAUUUACGUUCAGAUCCAAACAUCAGAACAUCCAAAUAGCACCUGAGAGAGAUGCUUCGCUGGGGACCAGGGGGCAGAGAUGAGGACAGAGCUACCAUCUGAAGGACUUCUCGGAAGUCCACCUUCCCCUGUACUCUUCCUCGUACUUGCCUGCCCCCAAAUCAAUACCAAUUCUAAAGAACAUGAAGCAUCUUUUCUUUCCCCUUCCCUUCCCUUCC